UGAGGCUAACAGCUUCUGUGUGAAUGAAUACUUGACACUGAAGCCCAGAACCCAGGAAUCUUUGGCCUUUAAGCAACCUUUGCUCCAAGCAAUUCUUCAAUUCCCACACUUUUUAUAACUUUUUUAAUUCCCCCCAUGUAGCCCUCUUCCUCUUCCAUCUCUCUCACCCUCUCUACCAUAUGCCCAAAUCAAUGGCAGUCACCCACGCUGACCUCGCUCCAGGUCCCCGGAGCACCGAGUUGGGCAGCAAAACCGGUGCCAUCCUCAUGGUCUUGACCAUCCUCUGUGGCCUCUUCUGCUUCAUCCUUUGCCUCAUCGCCGAAGCCACCCGCUCUCAGGAGACAUGGACGAGCAAAGGGGAGGAGAAGUACGAAUGCAUGUAUAGCGGUAGCGGGAAGAGGCCGUUGUUGUGCUCGGCGGUGGCGUUUGUGGGGCUGGCGGUUACCAUGGUGGUGGAACAUGUGUACAUAUUGGUUGCAAUCAGUAAUGCACCGCCACCGCUUCUGGUUAAUUGGGACCCUGAUUCUCCUCUUGCCAAGUCCCUCACUUGGCAAGCUGGGUUCUUCUUUGUCACAACUUGGCUUUGCUUCGCGGUUGCAGAGAUUUUGUUAUUGAUAGGGCUAAGUGUGGAAUCAGGACAUUUAAAAAACUGGUCAAGGCCAAGACCAGGCUGCCUCAUAUUGAGGGAAGGCAUGUUCUCAGCUGCUGGAGUGUUUGCUUUGAUGACAGUUUUCCUUGCGGCUGGUUUAUACUUAACAGCACUGCGGGCACAGAGGAUGUUCCAAGAACAGGAGAAUGUGCGGCGUGAAGUGCUGGAGGCCUCUGCCCUCUACUCCUCCCCGCCAAGGUCACCGCCCCACCGUGUCAUUGCAGCCUUUCCCCGAGAAGAUCCGAUUACUCGAGAAAUCGGAAAUGUACCUCCGUUAUUCACAUAUCCACUGGGUUUUAGCAAGCAGUCAAGUCUAGUAUAGGGCAAUAAAUCAAGCAAAGAUGGGAAAUUGGUGCCUCUGGCAAAGUUGGGGGUAUUUGUUGUAGUUAGAUUGUCUUGUGGAAAUUGUUAUGGUAUAUUGUAUAGUCUAUAGUGAUACAAAGAAAAAUUGUAUUCAUUU